AGAACUGGACAGCCGCACUGUGUAAUUCGGUGCAUUCACAUCAAUAAGCGAAGCUGCAAUACAUAAAUGUCCAGUCCUGAGCACAACAGACAGGCGGUGCAUUGAUGCUUCUGUCUAGACCCAAAUAUUGGUGACAGACAAUGUCAGGAUGUUCAACAUUUUUGUGACGAGAGUUAGGAUUUGAGGAUUUACAAAUCAGUUACCAAAUCAUUCGUUGGACCAAAACCGGAUUUUACCGCAGGGAAAGACAUACAACCACUGUUCUUCUGUUCACAUCUUCUUACUAGGCAGUUAUAAUCAUAUGUCUGAUCGCAUCGACCAGGAAGCAGCGAAUCCAUUAUUUCAAAUUACAAGGAAGAUUGCUAAAAAUAGGUGUAAACAUGAUCUCAUAUGAACCAUGGACUUUGCCAUAAGGGUGUACAAUCACACGGAUUUACUAGGAAUUGUGAUGUUAUCAAUGUAAUCAUGUUUUUUUAUUGUUAUUAAUUAAUUAACUGUUACGAGUGUAAAUAUGUUCUCUAAUGAACCAGGAGCAGUGGUAUUGUGACUAUUGUUGUGUUAUUGUGGAGUUACCACGCUUGGAUAUAAAAUACGUUAAUGCAGCCAUCAUAUUAAAUUGUCAGAAACAACGCUAUGACGAGUGCAACUAUGGUAUCAAUCAAAAGAAACAAACGUUAUUACGAGUGUAACCAUGGUAUCGGGUCAAAAUGAACAACGUUAUUACGAGUGUAACCAUGGUAUCGGGUCAAAAGGAACAACGUUAUUACGAGUGUAACCAUGGUAUCAGAUCAAAAGGAACAACGUUAUUACGAGUGUAACCAAGGUAUCAGAUCAAAAGGAACAACAUUGUUACGAGUGUAACCAUGGUAUCAGAUCAAAAGGAACACCAUUGUUACGAGUUUAACCAUGGUAUCAGAUCAAAAGGAACAACGUUAUUACGAGUGUAACCAUGGUAUCAGAUCAAAAUGAACAACGUUAUUACGAGUGUAACUAUGGUAUCAGAUUAAAAGGAACAACAUAGUUACGAGUGUAACCAUGUUAUAAGAUCAAAAGGAACAACAUUAUUACAAGUGUAACCAUGGAAUCAGGUAAAAAAUAUCAACGUUAUUACGAGUGUAACAAUGGUAUCAGAUCACAAGCAACAACAUUGUUACGAGUGUAACCAUGGAAUCAGAUCACAAGGAAAGUUAUGUUAGUGUUUGAGUGGUUUCAAUUACAGUAAGAGUGUUAUAAGUAUACCCAAAUGCAUGACCAAAUGAUAAUAUAUCUACCCCAGAAUAUUUCAAAUAUAGCGAAUGCCCCGGACUUGGAACAGCAAUUAUUAACUAUAUAUAUUUUUGCUGACAUCGGAACAAUGCUAUUGCAUUUUCAGUGUAGAGAUUGGCCAGUGAUCAAUUACAAUUAAUCUAACACUUCCAACAAGACGUUACGUCUAUGUGAACUUCUCGAACAAUUGGCAACGAUUGUAAAUGGUCAUCGACUAAUGGACACGGCUCUACUUAAGGUCUAAUCAACAGUGACAUUUAAUUUCAUUCUGUAUCGCCUCGAUUAAAUGGAUUACGGCCAUUAUCUUCUGGACCAUUCGAUUGUGAUAUCAUCAAUACUUAUCUGAUCACAUUAUUCCAGUGAGUGUAUAAGUCAAUACAAACUUCUGCUGUUACCAUGACGACUCGUAAGUUAGGAAGAGACCAAGAAGUUAUACUAGAUUGGGUUACUGUCAUUCCGAAACUUUAACGAUGGAAGCAGAAGAGUUUAAAAGGACACGUGUAUACGUGAUGGGAGGACGAGGGUACGGAAAAACAACAGUCAUCAACCUUCUCCUUGAUCAAAUGAAUCCACCAUCAAAUCGCGGAGACAUAUCCGUGUACACAGGUCGACUCUUCUCCGACAUCUCCAAAGAGGGGAAAGUGUCUGCAGAUCUUCAGCUGGACAUGUGGGAACUUCCAGGGGGAAACUUGCUGAAGGCACUGUAUCCAAUCUUACUGACGGAACCUGCCAUCUACCUUGUCCUUGUGACAGCUGACACACACGACCCGGAUGUAGAGGUAUUGGAUAUCUGCAGGAACAUCAUGUAUAAGAUUAAUAAACCUCGCAUCAUCGUGAUACUCACCAAAGCAAACUCCACGACGUGUAACAACGCCAACAUCGGUGACCUGUGUCGUCGUAUAAAGGAGAGGUGGAACGAAUUCAUAGUCCAAUACUGCAAGGAGAACACGUCCUGUGAUAGAUUAACGUUAAAUGCGGAAGUCAUUUGUGACGCAGAAACGCAACCUGCUCUGACAGAAAACAAUUGUUCCUUGCUUGUUUAUCCUUUUAACUCGAGUGACACGCAGGUGCUUCAGCAGCUGAGAACGUCACUCCUUAUAUGUGCCUCUGGGAUCAGUUCUGACGAAGGUUAUGACUUUUCUAUCAAACCUAGCCUCUUACGGACCAUUCAAUUCAUCCAGAAAAAGAGGAAAGAACAAGUACUUUUUGCAACAAAACGACAGUUUCCUGAUUCCGAUGGUGACCUUACUGAAAAAGCAUUGACUUAUCUGCUGAAGAAGGACUAUGUUCGAGAGGUCCAGUCCGUGCCUGACAACGAGACGGCUAUGGUCAUUUGUGUGGAUCCACUUGCCUUUUCCAACCUAUUGGUGAGGUCACAUCUUGACUCUGGCGGGCAUGUAUUUCGCUUGGAGGCUGGCAAAUUCUGGCCUCCAAACAUGGACAGGAAACCACCGAAUCCCCAAGUCUUGGCGGAUGUGUUGGAAUAUUUGCAGACCAACGGUACUGUUCCUGAAUCAUUCCUGCCUCUUCUCUGGAAAACCCCGUAUAUUCGCGAGGAUCAGAUUUUAACAACGUUGGGCGUAAUGGAGAGUUUGGGACUAAUUUGCUACGCGAACUCUUUUGGCCAGGCUGUGGAUCCUACCCCGGAUUUGGAGAUGCCAUUCUUUACAUAUCUGUCUGGCUCUAAAAUACGACAUAUCAUGCUCAUGAACAAAAUACCAGAGGAUAAACCGAACCUGCACUGGUCAGAGAACCCGCACAAAGGCGAUUUCCAGAUCACGGUUCACUUCUGUUGUCCGUGCGGUAUGCCAGUGGGAUUGGUCCUGCGGAUAUUGGCUCUGUGUUUGAACAUUACAAAGCCAUUCAUUAAGUACAGUUAUAUUUGGCGACAGGGGGUCCUGAUACAGCUGGGGCACGAGGUGAAGGUACAUGUACAAGCCUUUACGAAUGAACUGGACUUCACUGCUCGUGUGGUGACGGAUUCAUACUCCGACCUAAAGACGGCUACACAAGUACUGUGGAUGACCGUCGCGCCUUGUCUUCUCAAUCUGCUCAGAUUUUUGACAUCGUUCCCCGGACUAAGUACAGAGGCGUACCUUAGUUUCCGAGGAGAUCCUAAUUUUGAUGAAGUCUUUCGGAGGUCCAGUACAGACCGUCGACUUACAAUUGACCAACUGAUAUCCAAACAGCUGUUACAGACAGAAUCAAUGUCGUCUAGGUGGCUGGUCCCAUUCCGAGUGGACAGAUCCGUGACGUCAUUCCAUACCUGGUUGGUGUUUCUAAUGGCAAACCGGAAGGAUGUACUACAAAUGUUGGCACCAGAAAUGUUGUUCCCACCAGCCUCAAAUACACUCCCAGGGAUUGUGUCUACCGAGAGAGGUCCUCAGAAAACCAAAAGGAAGCCUUCCAAAGUAAGUUGGGGUAUUGAGAAUGAAAAGACAGAAACGAAGAACAACAAUUCCGUCAUCAACAACAUCAUCACCACCAACAACAAUAGCAGCAACAACACGAACAUGAUGCAAGGGACGAUGGUAAAGUCUGCACCAGGACAUACAGAGGCCAUCAGCUUAUCUUCUCCCGAGUUGGCAUCAGAGAAAAGAAGCACACAUCCUUCCGCGGGUAGAAAUCCCGCAUCCUCCUCACACCAGGGGACAAGUAAAGAAUUUGACGAACAGAUAGCAUUUAAAGUGGCCUCGUCUCUGUCUGCGGCGGUGUUAUCAGCAAGUGUAGCGAGGUUUAUGGAGGAGGAGAACAGCGCCAGUCACACAUGGUCACCAGCACAGGUUCUUGCCGUUCGUGAGAUCGCACAGCUAUCAUCUUCGGUGUGGGAUGGCGAUAUGACAAAAAUAUCAUCUGCCAUUACACGUGCUGUAGCAAAAAGUAGCAAACGUGACAGGAAAGUCGCCAAACCUGACCAUUCUCCGGCCAUCCAGUCCACCAGGUUUUGUGCUAUUUUGUAGUAUAGUGGGUUGUGUGAUUAGUCCGUCAAGGAUUGUAACAAGGAACAUGGAUCAUAAUCACUUGUCACAUCACCAAAUUGGUCCAACAGGAACAUGUUUGAGAGUUUCGAGGAAAUGUACAACAUGCUGAUGAUUUGUUUAUAGUAUUUAAAGAACCCACUCUAUCUCAACUUGUUAAGUAUUAAUCAGAGAGAGAGUCAAAAAUGUAGACAGCAUCCAACCUAACUUAGCAUGUGUGGUAAAGGAAUUAUUCUGAACCUUACUUAUAUACACUGACACGUAUAUCACGCAAAUGAUCUUUAUGAUAUAGCGACCUUGUCAAAAAGGUAAGCCUAGUCAUUCAACCAGGACACUGAUCACUGAUAUAGAGUGAACAAUGUCAUACCGACUGACCGAAAUGUGAAAGAACUUGUUAAAUACAUAUUGUGUUGUAAAGUGUUUCUACAGGAGUACUAAGGAAACAAUCAAAGUCACCUGAUCCAGUGUCGUAAGUGCUAAAAUAUGUUUUGUAAUAAGACGACAUGUAUGUGUGCAUCAUUGUUUGAUGAAUAUUGAAAGUGCUUAACUCAUAUAGAAGGGAGAUACGAAGUCGUUCAAACAAACGUAAAGACAACGAGUGUGGUAUCCGUUGUUUAUUGGAUUUAUUCAGCUCUUGGAACCGUGUAUGUUUGUAAAAUGUGAUCCAUUUCGUUUAUUUUACAUACUGGAAACUUGGAAAUAAAGAUUUAU